CAGGCUAACACCCAGUAACGUUGAGUAGCGCUUACCAAACGUUGUUAGCUGAAUGCUAACAUUUGAGUUGUUCAAGCACUUUGGUAAUUAAGCUACUCCUUGCUAGCGGCGGCGACUUUUUAAACGUCGCGUUAAAUUUUCAUUUGAGUUACGUUGACCCAUUAUUACUACCGACUUUGACUAACCGAUUUAAAUGGUCGAACAGUCACAUUCUGUUGCAUUGGGAAACUAAUAGCCACACCCUUCCUUUCGAAACCAACUGUGCUUCAAGUUGUCACGAAACUUGAGUUCAUUUUAAUUUACUGCGUUACAUGGCAACAUAGCUUUACCCGUUUAACUUUAAUAGUCGAGAGAGGCUUCUUAAAAAGGUGUUAUUAAAAGGACGUCAUCCAGAAGUGUGUUUGGAUUGUGCAGAGUUAAAAUCCGUUUGCCCCCUUCGGGCUCUGACAUACGAGACAAGGUUUUCUGCAUGCUGCAUUGAACUGUCGCCCAGUUAUCCGCAAUUGUUUUUCUUUUUAAUAAGUGGUUACUGUUUCAGAGAGCAACAGGUGUUUAAGGGACUACGUCAACAGCUUUGUUUGUAAUGAAACAAGUGACAGUUCACCUCCUGACUCCGUAACGUAGACUAACUCAGCUCUUAAAUUGGCAACAGGCCAGUUUGCUGUCUGAACAGUUUGGUGUAGCCUAGCUUUCUGGCUCCCAGUUGAACCUCAGCACCUGCCCCUUGACGUCAGUAUACCUGAAGAUCUGCCGGCACCCCCCUCCUCCCCAGAUGUAGAGGGAGUUGCCAUCUGCAGCAGCCGUGUACACAAUCUUUGUGCUGUCCAGUGAAGUUGCCCACCAUGCGUGAGUACAAGCUAGUGGUGCUGGGAUCAGGAGGUGUGGGAAAAUCAGCACUGACAGUCCAAUUUGUGCAAGGCAUUUUUGUUGAGAAGUAUGACCCCACAAUAGAAGACUCGUACAGAAAGCAAGUCGAGGUCGAUGGACAGCAGUGUAUGCUUGAAAUCCUUGACACGGCUGGAACAGAACAGUUCACUGCUAUGAGGGACCUGUACAUGAAGAAUGGCCAAGGUUUUGCUUUGGUGUACUCCAUCACAGCACAGUCAACAUUUAACGACCUACAGGACCUCCGGGAACAGAUCCUGCGAGUAAAGGACACUGAGGACGUUCCCAUGAUCCUGGUGGGAAACAAAUGCGACUUGGAGGACGAGCGUGUGGUUGGCAAGGAGCAGGGUCAGAACCUGGCCCGUCAGUGGAACAACUGUGCCUUUUUAGAGACUUCAGCUAAAUCAAAGAUCAAUGUUAAUGAGAUUUUCUAUGAUCUGGUGCGACAGAUCAACAGAAAAACGCCGAUGGAAAAGAAGAAGACAAAAAAGAAGUCGGGUUGCACACUGCUCUAAAAUGCCCUCCCACAGUAGCUCCAGGCCAGAAACUUGUAAUGAUUAACUGUUUUCCCAGUGGAUGGUGCCAGCAUCUUAGUCCUCUCCAGAGCGUUUUUGAGAAAGGCUGACAGAGAUACGACACCACUCGCAAAAUGGCAGGAGACGGCACAUACCCUCAAGAUACUCCUCUCUGCUUUUUAAUGGCAAAGAAAUCCACCUUUUUUUCUUUUUUUUUCUUUUUUGUAUUGUCAGCCUGAUGACAACUCUGUUCUUUUGUUUUGUUUUUCUUCUCCAAGGUGUCUUUCUUUUUGGAAAUAUCGCUGUAAAAGAAGAGACCUACUGUUUUAUUAAAAGUAACCUCAAUCUUUGGCAUAUUGUGACAAUACAUUUGCAGAAGAAAACCUGUGAAAUGUUGACCUUGUCAUGCAUUUCUGCACUAACAGUUUCAACAAAGAUGCAUCAUUUUCCAUGAGUUACUCACUCCUACUUACAAGGAUGUGUAUUGAUGAGAUAACAUCUUUCCUAAGUGACUUUGUUUUAUAUUGAAAGCUGCAAGCCUUCCAUAUUUCCCAUAAUAUAUUCUACUUCCAUUUUUGCAUAAUAAAGCUAAGGAAAUUAGUAUUUUAUAGACUGAUGGGGAAAAUGGUGUGUUCUGAUUUGUGUCUUGAGGCUGAAAAUAUAUUGUACUAAACCAACUCUAAUAUUGCUGUCACAGAUGAUUUUCCAGCUUUUAUGAAUGAUUAAAUUUUAGUACAUUUUCAUUA